GCGUCUAGACGGACCAUGUUGAGCAGAGCGAGCAGCCGUCUGUCUAUCCGCACGACCUCCACCUCCGCCGCAUUCCUAUCGACCUCGCGCAAGGCAAUCUCCUCAUCAGCUGCCACGCGCCCGAAGCUCUCCUUAUCCUCCACAUCUCCUUCCCUCGCCCCGCGUUCGCCGAGACAUCCAGCCCGGGACAGCUCUUUUGUGCGGAAGAUGGGACACUUUGCGUCGGAAGAUUCUGCUCGACCGGAGCCCGACCAGGUACUGAAGGACAUCGCGGACUACGUGCAUGACUAUGAGAUCACCUCGGACCUUGCGUACGAGACAGCUCGGUUGUGUCUGAUCGACACCAUUGGAUGUGGUCUGGAAGGUCUCCGGUUCCCUGAGUGCGCAAAGCUCCUUGGGCCGGUCGUUGAAGGCACUAUUGUUCCCAAUGGCACAAAGGUCCCUGGAACGAAUUACCAACUUGAUCCCAUUCGAGGAGCCUUCAACAUCGGCACCAUUAUUCGCUGGCUGGACUAUAACGACUGCUGGCUGGCUGCCGAAUGGGGCCAUCCCUCGGACAACUUGGGCGCCAUCCUUGCCGUGGCGGAUCACCUCGCCAGGAAAGGGGAAUCGCUCACCGUGCGCGACAUUCUGACGGCCAUGAUCAAGGCGCACGAAAUACAGGGCGGCCUCGCGCUCCUGAACUCGUUCAACCGCGUCGGGCUCGACCAUGUCGUCCUCGUCAAGGUCGCCUCCACCGCGGUCGUAUCCAAGCUUCUCGGUCUGACUCGAGAACAAACUAUCGACGCGAUCUCGCAUGCCUGGGUCGAUGGUCAAUCGUUGCGCACCUACCGACAUGCCCCCAACACCGGUCCCCGCAAAUCCUGGGCCGCAGGUGACGCCUGCUCGCGGGCAGUAAACCUCGCCCUUCUCGUGCAGAAGGGUCAGGUCGGCAUGCCAUCAGUGCUCACCGCAAAGACAUGGGGCUUCUACGAUGUCCUUUUCAAGGGCAAACCCUUCGAGUUCCAGAGGCCCUACGGUUCCUACAUCAUGGAGAACGUCCUCUUCAAGAUCUCCUACCCCGCUGAGUUCCACGCCCAAACCGCCGUCGAAGCCGCGCACAUCCUCCAUGAUAAGCUGAAGUCGCUCGGCAAGUCCUCGGACGACAUCCAGAGCAUCACUAUCCGCACGCAGGAGGCCGCGCUCCGGAUUAUAAAUAAGAAGGGACCGUUGCACAAUUUCGCCGAUCGGGACCACGAUAUCAACUACAUGGUCGCCUACCCGCUUAUUUUCGGCCGGCUCACGUCCGAGUCCUAUACGGACGCCGCCGCCGCCGAUCCCCGCAUCGACGCCCUCCGCGCAAAGAUCACCUGUGUGCACGACGAGCAAUUCUCGGUCGACUACCAUGAUCCGGAGAAGCGCUUCAUCUCAAACGCGCUCAAGGUUACGCUGAACGACGGUACCGUCCUUGACGAGGUCGUCGUAGAGUUCCCGGUUGGCCACAAGCGUCGACGCGAAGAAGGCACUCCCUUGCUCUUGAACAAGUUCAAGACUCACAUCGCCCCCCACUUCGAUGCCGCUCACCAACAAAAGAUUCUCGACACUGUUAACGACGCUCAAUCGCUUUGGAAGCUGCCCGUCGACAAGUUCACCGAUCUCUUCGUCAAGCCAUGAAUAUCGGUCAAAACACAGUCUUGAUUCAAAUGUAGAGUACAUGACAUUGAGUUACAACAGGGAAACGGGACAUAACCUGGCAUAACAUCCCAUAACAAUAAUAA